AUGGCACAAUCAGACUCAGACUCUGAAUCAGACUCAAACAGUGAUUUUGAGGUCACUGUCAAGAGAAAGGGAGCUGGUAGAUAUUACGUGAAGUCGAUCCAUUAUGAUUUUUAUGGUGACAAAGUUAACUUCAAUGGCGUCAUAAAGCUGGUUGACAAUGGCCUGCAAGAGGGUAAUUGCUCAUCCCUUCCCCAUCACUCGUUGAUGAACUCCAACUUUAGGGGAUUUUAUCCCUACGAUCCUUUUUUCUCGGGCUCAGUGGUCUUCGUGAAGUGCUCACGGCCAGCUGCUUCUUCUUCUUCUUGGUAUUUUGAUACCAAACCGUGCAUCGGGGGAGCAUACUCUACCGGCACGUCUCCAGAUUUUUCCCAGACGGAGGUGUACUCAUAUGCCAUUAUUGGUGAGUCUUUUGAAUUAAGUGCGUCGGUCAUCGAGGAUUCUUGCACUAUAACCAUGAUGACAUUGGCAUCGAACUCUUUCUCGGAUUGGGGAAGGGAUCAGUAUUAUAGGGGGAGAUCAUCAUACAAGGACAUCCACAACGACAUGGCGCAGGGAUUCAAUCUAUCCUAUCGGAGUUCGUCAAGUGGAAUAUCUUGGUUUUGCUUCUGCGGUUUCAACUACCGGGGAAGGUGCAGUGAACAUAACUCUAGUAAGCGACUUUCGCUUUAG